AUGACUGUAUCGUCUAAACAGCACUUAGCGGAUCAAGGACAAAUUCAUGAUAAAGUUUUGAAGGUAUUUAGAUUACUUAUUGCAGAUUUGGUUCAAAACUUUAAUGGUGGUCACCCGGGUGGUGCUAUGGAUAUGGCUGCAAUUGGAAUUGCAUUAUGGAGAUAUGUUUUAAAUUAUGCACCUAAUAAUCCAACAUUUUUCAACCGGGAUAGAUUUGUCUUAUCAAAUGGACAUACUUGUUUGUUUCAAUAUGCAUUUCACCAUUUAGUCGGUUAUCAGCACAUGACCAUGAAACAGUUAAAAACUUACCAUUCACCUAAUCUCGAAUCGUAUUGCCCGGGCCACCCAGAAAUUGAACAUCCUGGUAUCGAAGUAACUACUGGACCUUUAGGGCAGGGCAUAACGAAUGCAGUUGGAUUAGCUAUAGCGUCUAAGAAUUUACAAGCCACAUAUAAUAAACCAGAAUUUCCAGUUGUUUCUAAUCAUACGUUUUGCAUAGUCGGUGAUGCUUGUUUGCAAGAAGGUGUAGCAUUAGAGUCAAUAUCUUUUGCUGGACACUUAGGUCUAAAUAACCUUACAGCUAUUUAUGAUAAUAAUCAAAUUUCAUGUGAUGGCUCGGUGGAUUUGACUAAUACGGAGAAUAUUGGUGAAAAAUUUAAAGCAUGUAAUUGGAAUGUAAUUGAGGUUGAAAAUGGAUGUUAUGAUGUUAUUGCAAUUGUGAAUGCUCUAGAAUCUUCCAAAAAGUCAGAAAAUAAACCCACACUUAUUAAUGUUUAUACAAAUAUUGGAAUUGGUUCUAAUGUAGAAGGGAAAGCAGCUGCUCAUGGUGCUGCUUUUGGCGAGACUGAAGUUGACAGAUUACAUAGAGUAAACGGUUUUAGACCCGAAGAUAAAUUCUUCAUCCCUAAAGAUGUGUAUACCUUUUUCGAAGAUCUUCCGGCCAAAGGUGACCAGAUUGUAAAUGAUUGGUUAAGAUUAGUCAAGUCAUAUAAAGAAUCUUAUCCAGACUUAGGAACGGAUUUCGAAAGGAGGAUUUCUGGAAAAUUACCUUGUGAUUGGGAGUCUUUAAUUCCCGCCUCAUUCCCUACCAACCCUACUGCUUCAAGAAAAUCGAGCGGGUUAGUUAUAAAUCCAUUAGCAAAAGAAAUUAAUAAUUUUAUUGUUGGUUCAGCAGAUCUUUCGCCAUCUGUAAAUUUGGUUUGGGAAGGUAAGAAAGAUUUUCAAAACCCGAGAAUAAAAGUAUCUUGCAAUAUCAACGGGGAUUAUUCUGGAAGAUAUAUUCAUUACGGAAUUCGUGAGCACGCAAUGGCUGGAAUUGCAAACGGAAUUGCCGCUUUUAAUGAAGGGACAUUUAUACCAAUCACAUCAUCAUUUUUCAUGUUUUAUUUGUAUGCAUCUCCAGCUGUUAGAUAUGGUGCAUUAUCAAAACUUCAAGUUAUACAUGUCGCAACUCACGACUCAAUUGGGACAGGGGAGGAUGGGCCAACUCAUCAACCUAUUGCUCUAGCAGCAUUGUACCGAGCUAUGCCAAAUAUUAAUUAUAUUCGCCCAUGUGAUUCAGAAGAAACAGCAGGUGCUUGGGAAAUCGCUAUAAAGUCGCAAGGUAUGCCAACCAUCAUUUCUUUAUCAAGACAAAAUUUACCUCAGUACCCUGGAAUGUCAAAUCGUUCUCUAGUUAAAAAGGGGGCAUAUAUUUUUCAAGAGAGAAUUGAUGCUGUUUUAAAUAUUGUAGGCGUGGGUGCUGAAUUGAAGUUUGCUUUAGAGACAGCAAACAUAUUAAAUGAAAAAGGUAUUAAAACUAGAGUAAUCUCAUUUCCAUCUCAUAAUUUAUUCGAAAUGCAGCCUGAUGAGUACAAACGUUCUAUAUUGAAAAGAGGAAAGAUACCAACUGUAGUUAUAGAGGCAUUUGCUCCAAAUGGCUGGGAAAGAUACGCUACCGCUGGAAUUAAUAUGAAGACUUAUGGCAAAUCAUUGCCUGGUGCUGCCGCUUAUGAAUACUUUGGUUUCAACUCGACUGUUAUCGCCUCCAAAGUUGAAAAAUAUUUCUCCAGGUGGAACCAAGAACAUGAAAUUCGUUACGAAUUUCUAGACUUAAAUUAG